AUGUUUGAGAGAGAAUUACUUCGUCUUGAUAAGCUAAUUGAUGAUAGUUUAGAUGUUAACAUGUUGAAUGACUACGAGAGAAUUAAGUAUCAAUUAGAGGAUUUUUAUAAAUACGAAGCUAGGGGAGCUCAAAUACGUGCGAGAGCAAUGUACUUUAAGGAAGGUGAGAAGGCAACUAAGUUUUUCCUGAACCUUGAACGUAAACGACGUUGUAAUGACGUCAUUACUAAGCUGAAUAUAUCAGGAAAUGACAUCACGGCUCUCUGCUGUCGUCUGCUCAUUAUUCAACAAACUGGUCAUUUAGCCAUGCUAGCUAUGAAAGAAGGAGCGAGAACCAUCAUGGACUACCCAAUAUACUACCAUGAAUGUUAUGAAGAAUUAAAAAAGUCGGGAUAUGAUAUCGAUGACGAACAAUGGGCUAAUAAUGCCAAGACGAUUGUUUCUAAACUCAAGUUAGACGCAAACAAGACACUGUACGUGUUGACAGUUGGAUGUGGGAAUGGAAAAAUCGACGAGCCAAUCAUAGACAACUUACUAACUCAAUACUCAAAUAUCAUGUACAUAGCUGUUGACCCUGCUGCGAAUGAACUUUUAAAGUUCAAAGAUUUGGUGAAAACUAAGGCUGAAGAAUGGUACAACGUUAUAUUUGACUUCCAAGAUAUUACGAUUGAACAGUACUUGGAGGUGAAUGGUACAAGGCAAUUUGGUAUGAUUGUUGCGUCACAUUCUGUUUAUUAUUGGAACAAUCUGGAGACCACUACGAUGGAACUAUAUAGCUCUCUGUUGAAAGGGGGCAUGAUGUUUUUUAAAAUCACUGGUGGUGGAUGGGAGAAGUUAUGCGCUAAAGUUGGAAAGUACUAUCUAGACCCGGAUUGUAACUUCAUUGGUGUACAUACCAUUGAAGAUAUAUUCAAGCGUAAUCGUCCGAAUGUCAACUAUCAAACGGAAAGAAGGGAACUGUGGGUUGACCACUUUGUAGUUCCAUAUGAAAGAGUCACCUUGUGUUACCAUAAUGCCACAGAACAGCAUGUCCCCCAUAAGCGUGUGUGGGAUAUAAUGCCGUACUCAAGUGAAAUGUCAUUGGUUGCCAUACAUUCAUUCCAACAGCAACAGGGUCAACAAAAGACAAAGAGUGCAAUUAUUGCCCUAUUGUUAAGGAGGUCUCGAACUGAUUAUAGUGCUCUUUAUACAGUUCCUUGUCUUGCCCAAGGGAUAUCAGCUUUUGUUGUGGGUCCCCAUCACAAAACUGUAAUAACACUUGAUCUUGACUAUAUGAGAGAGCAUUGA